AUGAUGGACAGGCCGGCAAAUUUUUCAGCGAAGCGUAUGCGGCAGCCUGAUAUUUCUGAGCCUGAUGAUUCAGUGUACGAAAGCAUACGACUAUGGCCUUAUCCCGAAAAGGGAUGGACAAUGGAAACUUCUGCUGGCGUGCUGUUAAAGGAUCAUCUUGGUCAUGAGUAUAUGUCCGUUGCUUCUCAUGGAUUUCCUGUCUGGCCCUUCAGCGCCUAA